CGUCAAACUGCUUCGAAAGGGCUUCUGGGAUUGGACGCUGGUACUGUUUUCUCGAAAGAACCGCAAAGAUGAUGCCCACUCCAGUAAUCCUGUUGAAGGAGGGGACCGACACGUCUCAGGGCGUUCCCCAGCUCGUCAGCAACAUCAACGCCUGUCAGGUGAUCGCUGAGGCCGUCCGCACCACCCUGGGCCCCCGGGGCAUGGACAAGCUGAUGGUGGACAGCAGAGGCAAGGCCACCAUCUCCAACGAUGGAGCCACCAUCCUGAAGCUGCUGGACGUGGUUCACCCUGCGGCCAAGACCCUGGUGGACAUCGCUCGCUCCCAGGACGCUGAGGUGGGUGACGGCACCACCUCGGUGACGCUGCUGGCAGCAGAGUUCCUGCGGCAGCUGAAGCCGUACGUGGAGGACGGCCUCCACCCUCAGACCAUCAUCAGAGCCUUCCGCAGCGCCACGCACCUCGCUGUCGCCAAGAUACGGGAGAUCGCCGUCACCGUCAAGAAGGACGACAAGAAUGAGCAGAGACAGCUCCUGAUCAAGUGUGCGUCUACAGCCAUGAACUCCAAGCUGAUCGCGGGCCAGAAGGUGUUCUUCUCCAGCAUGGUGGUGGACGCUGUCACCAUGCUGGACGAGCUGCUGCCUCUCAAGAUGAUCGGCAUCAAGAAGGUCCAGGGAGGAGCGCUGGAGGACUCCCAGCUGGUGGCUGGCGUAGCGUUCAAGAAGACCUUCUCCUACGCUGGCUUUGAGAUGCAGCCCAAGCGCUAUGACAACCCCCGGAUCGCCCUGCUCAACGUGGAGCUGGAGCUGAAGGCUGAGAAGGACAACGCAGAGGUCCGAGUCAAGUCUGUCCAGGAGUACCAGGCCAUCGUGGACGCAGAGUGGAACAUCCUGUACGACAAGCUGGAGAAGAUCCACAGCUCAGGGGCCAAGGUGGUUCUGUCCAAGCUGCCCAUCGGGGACGUGGCCACACAGUACUUUGCUGACAGAGACCUGUUCUGUGCUGGACGCGUCCAGGAGGAGGACCUCAAGAGGACCAUGAUGGCCUGCGGGGGCUCCAUCCAGACCAGUGUGGGCGCCAUGACGCCAGACGUCCUGGGCCAGUGUGAGCUGUUUGAGGAGGUGCAGGUGGGGGGGGAGAGGUAUAACUUCUUCCGAGGGUGUCCGAAGGCCAAGACCUGCACCAUCAUCCUGAGGGGCGGGGCAGAGCAGUUCAUGGAGGAGACUGAGCGCUCUCUACACGACGCCAUCAUGAUCGUACGCAGGGCCAUCAAGAACGACUCCAUCGUGGCUGGGGGUGGGGCGAUCGAGAUGGAACUGUCUCGUUACCUGAGGGAUCAUUCUAGAACCAUCCCAGGGAAACAGCAGCUGCUGAUUGGUGCGUACGCCAAAGCCCUGGAGAUCAUCCCUCGCCAGCUCUGCGACAACGCCGGCUUCGACGCCACCAACAUCCUCAACAAGCUGAGGGCCAAGCACGCACAGGGAGGCAUGUGGUACGGCGUGGACGUGAACAACGAGGACAUCGCUGACAACUUUGUGGCGUGUGUGUGGGAGCCGGCCAUCGUGCGCAUCAACGCCCUGACGGCGGCCUCUGAGGCAGCCUGCCUCAUCCUGUCAGUGGACGAGACCAUCAAGAACCCCCGCUCCACCGUGGACGGGCCCCCCGGGGGGGGCAGGGGGCGGGGCCGCGGACGACCCCACGCUCACUAGGCAUGCGAGCCACCUCUGACCCCUGACAACCUUUCCACCUCUGAGCCCUCUACUCCUGCCCUCUGUACCCCCCCCCCCCCCCCCCCCGACCCCUCCACUCACCUGGAGCCUGGGUCUAGCCUCAGUCAGUUCAUGUGGGGAGUUUAGGGGGGUUUGAUUUGGGACCAGAGACAUCCCCACCAUACUCCAGUCGAGGGAGGAAAAGGUAGUUUUUUUUCUUUGUACGCUUGUCAACUGUCAUAACUGUCAAAGAGCACUGAUUGGACGAGGAGCGUUCUAGAAGCGUUGGCUGUUGGUCGUCUUGUGUGGAUCUGUAUUUAUUGGAUCAUUUCAAACAAAUAAAAUUCCCUUGUCACAA